AUGUCCUUCACCGAGUGUGUUUUGCUAAUUGUUUUCGAUCUUCUGUCCAGCAUGAAUACAAGCAAGCCAUCACCUAAAGGGUUGGUCCAGCCCCACGUCCACUACUCCUUUCUGCAAACGGCGUCGGAAGGGCUAUCGCAGAAUGAAUCCGACUCGGAAAGCCUCGCUCAAGAAAUCGAGUACCAGUUUGAGCUCCAGGAACGGAUCCAUCAGACAGAGAAGCUGGUGGACCAAGACAAUGGAGACAGCUUGGAAGAAGAUGACAGUUUGGAGGAGGACAGUUUGGAGGUAGAAGAAGGAAGGGAACCAGAUACAGAAGAAACACCAAGUCCAAAUGGGAAGGAAGAUGGUCUCAAUGCAAGCAAAGAGGGAAUGGUAGACCAAUACUCCGAAUUGCGUUACAAUCCCAACUGGAGGAAUAACAAAGAGGAGAACAGCUUGGCUGAGUUAGACCACUCGCACACCACAGAUGAAGAAGGUUCACCCAGUCCUUCUCAGCUCAGGUUUUUGCACCCAAAUAACCAACUACAGGACCGACCUCAAACGUUUCCGUCUAAUUUAGAUAGGGAUAGCUCAGAUUCUCAUGAGUAUGCUACGAGUGCCAGGGAAGAAUCUUAUGGACUAUUUAAUAAAGAAAAAGUGGUUGUUCGCCAUUACCGCCGCAAUCCUAGUACACAGAGUGACAGCUUUUCUUCCCAAGUUAAAGAGUGUCAACACAGGUCUGAAAAAAACUUUAUAGAAAAGAACAAACACACUUUGGGAGUGUCAAAACAAGCGCCCAAUUCCUACCUUCUCCUCCAUGGUAAAAAGCAAAGGGAAAACCACCAGAGACAGGCUCACCUGCACAAAAUGCCUGGGAUGGAUGCAACAGACUUGAGCCAAGAUGGAUUCUUAGAAGACAACUCCUUAAGUAGGAUCCCUGCCCAGCAUCCAUUGGAAGACCGAGUAGAACUAAGAGGACAGCGUGGCAGAUGUCACAAUAUGGUAGAAUUUGAGAAUGCUCUCCCAGAUUCCAGCUCUGAUAGAGAAUUGUUGCAUCAGAUUUUCUACCCAGAUCCAUCUGUUACAUCUCACUGCGCUUCCAGUGCAGAUAACUCCAGUUGGGAAAGCCCCUUUCCUACGGACCCAUCCUGCAGUGUUCAACAGAGGGGCAAGCCACGUUCCAUGAAUUUAGCCUUUGCUAGGAAUCCUCAUCAGCCAAGUUCAUACCAAAACUUUCCAGGGAUUCAUUCAGCAAAUACUGGAGAGAGGGAGAAGAAAGAGACCCUACAUGCUCCUGAAAAUCCUUCUGGGCCCGGCUACCGAGACCCAUAUAGGCGUACUGUUUCCGAGCCUCGGUCUUUCGCGAGACAUGGCAAGCGUCAGAACUUCCUAGGGCACAGAGGUCUCUCGUCUACGUACCACUCUGGCCUCCAACAGCCAGUAAACAAACAAGCUUCAACUUGGGAUCCAAAUCAGAUUCGUACAGAGAAAACCCCAAGCAACUAUGUUUCUAGUCACUCGGGGCCAUUCCAGCCACCCGCUCGCAACCUGAUAGAAGCCCCUUCUCCAACCACUCGGCUCAUCCAGGCGGCAGAGCGGCGUCACCAGGAAAUCUCUCAGCUGGCAGAUGCCCACCUCGCUGGAAACCAGUUUGCUAGCAUGUUUCCACCCAUCAUAGAGAGAGGGGAUAGUGACUCGCGGCUCAACACGGAGAGCUGUGAAGAAAGCCAGCCAGUUCUGAGCCGCAGCAACUCCGAAGGCUACUUGCUUCAGAUGGAAAAAGACAAGGAGAGGAUGGAAAAGGAGAAUAGAAAGGGUUCCAGGACAAAAGGCUACAUGAAGAUGGAUGUGAAGCUUGGAGGCCUUGGACCUGACUAUGAGGGAAUCAAAGAGAAAUCUGAAAAGAUAAAGCAGCAAAAGGAAUAUGCAAAACACAUUAAGGAGCACAACUUGAAGAACAUCGCAAGCACACGCAAAACAGUGGCAAAACCAGAAAACAAAUCGACAGUGUCGAGGAAAAAGGCCCUGGAGUAUGCCAAGACCAUCCCCAAGCCCAAGCUGUUUGUGUCGAGGCCGCCGUUGGAGCAAGAACCCAAAGAGGAAAGACAUUUGGCCCGCACUUUAAACGGACAGAAUCUCCCUCCCAUUGCGUCCCUGGAAUCGCUGCAGAACAGGCACGAGAAGGAGAAGCAAGUUGUAGCUGCUUUCAAGACCCUCCAUAUUGUAUGAGGAACCCUGUGCUGCGUUCCCCAAUCUGGACACAGAAAGCGGGAUCCAACGCUGUCCAAGUCUUUCUUCAGCGGCUCGCCUGGACUGUUGGAGGAGAAGUGUUUUAGGAUGAGCCUAAUGAACUUACGAAAUGGAAAAGUUUUCCCACAUUGUUUGCACAAUCUCAUUUAUUUUUUUGGUCAGAUUUUAUUGUUGAUAAUAAAAGAG